CGCACCAAUGAUCGAUUUUUCGCUUCUGCUACGACGUUGUGUUUUGAUAGCUUCGAAGCGUUCGAAGGGUACGAAGCUGUGUACGAAAGACUAUAGCUUCAAGAACUGAAAUAUGGCAAUUGCUGCAGCGGAGAAUUUCCAGUUGAAAUGGCACAGCUACGGAGCCCACCUUCACACAUCUAUUGCUACAUUACUCCGUUCAGAAUCAUUUACAGACAUAACGCUUGCGACGAUCGAUGGCCGGCAAAUUGCUGCCCAUCGAUUUGUUUUAUCGGCAUGCAGUUCUUACAUAAAACAGCUUCUCCAAACGGUUUAUCCAGGUAGAAACAGUCAUCUUCCUCUUGUUGUUGUUUUGCCAUCAGAAAUCAGUUAUCGUAUACUGAGGAUCCUUAUUGAGUAUAUGUACAGUGGAGAAGCAACUGUCAACUAUGGGCAGCUGGAUGGUAUUUUGAGAGCAGCACAUAUUUUGGGGAUUAGAGGACUUUGUAGAGAAAAAGGGAACCAUGGAAACCAAAAUACACAGGAAAAGUACAGAAGAUCAUCUGAUGUUGAACAUCAGAGCCAUAGGAGAAGUGACAUUGCUAGCGAGGCAGGUAACAAAAGGACUGGGUCAAGUACAAAUGGAAGAGAGAAAGGUUCAAAGUACGGCCAGAGUGAUAACAAUGGUGUGACAAAAGCAAGUGAUCAGAGUGCAAAUAGUGUGUCACAUGAGGAUGUGAACAAGGGACAGGAUAAAAAUUGUGAAUCAUCAGAUCAGAAAAAGGCAGAGUGUACACUGACUGAGGGCGAAAUAAUCUGUCACAUUAAUGGUGAAAAUAGCAAAAACAAUGUAACAGAGAAAAACAAUUCAAGUGCAGAACAGAAUAAUAUUUCAAAGGUUACAACAGCUUUUGAAACUACUUCUGAAAAACAUAGCAUUGAAAACAGAAUAGACAUAGAUCCUAUGCAACUCUUGGUCAAGCAGGAACCAAUUGAGUGGGAGGAUACAGAAAUAGAAAUGCCAUUGGCAGUGACACAUGAUAGUGAUGAUCAGAUGCAUACUGAGAUGACAAUCAAGCCUGAAAUCUUCCACGCUACAGGUUGUGAUGGUGAAGAUGAUGAUGAUGAUGAUGAUGGGGCACUGUAUUCUCCUCUUAGUUGUGAUCUCUGUCAGAAAAUGUUCACUACACCUGCUGAAUGGGUGCGGCACAUUGAGGCGCAUCCAGAGAACCAGCAGCAACAACGUGGCAGACGUGCAGGAAGGCAGUCUCGGGGCCUAGAGAAUGGAAGCAGUGUCAAUCAACAGGCAUAUGCAGAAUUUCCACCUUUGAGAUGCGAACUUUGUCAGCAGGUAUUUACCAGCCCUGCUGAUUGGGUGCGUCACAUUCAGACAUCUCAUACUGAAGAACAGCUGGCAAUCAGCAAUAACUCUUCAGCACAUGCUUCUAGGUUGAGACGAGGUGGCCGCAAACGUUGCCAGAUUUGUAGCAAAACAUUCCCAUCUCAUGCUUCUAUGCUAAUUCAUCGGCGCACUCAUACUGGAGAAAAACCUUAUGUCUGUGCUGUGUGUGGUAAAGGUUUCAAUGUUAAAAGCAAUUUGCUGCGUCAUUUACGCACGUUACAUGACCGCAUAGUCAGCCCUUCCACAGUUGAGUGAUCUUCAUUUGAUUAUGCAGCAAACAAAUGGAAUUUAUUACUUCCCUUAACACACUAGGUAUUUAAAUGCCACCAUAGCAUGGCAGACCAUUUCAGGGGACUUAAAAUGAAUCCAAACUGUAUCCAAUUACACAAUAUGAUCUUUUCAUUUCCAAUUUCUUGUAGUCUAAAUACUGUCUCGUAGAUGUCAGUAACAUUAUAAACAAAGUUCCAAGAAGAACUUAUACUGCUUACUUUCCUUCAGAGUUUAAAUAUCUGGAACUAUACAUUUAGAAUUGUAUAAAUGACUUAUUCCAUGUUGUACAUAAAUUUCUUCAAUAAUAAUUUCACCCAUGUUAAUUUUUUUCAUAUACACCUUUCAAGUUUUGCACAGUUAUAUGUAAUUAAAAAAAAUAAUGUGACCAAGUUAUUCCCCAUUCUACAAAACUACGACCUCUAUAAAAACUGAAUUUUUACUUUUUAAUAUAUGUAGUAUAUGUGAGAAAGUACUGCGAUCGUGAAAAACGGCAGUCUCAAGAUUUUGAUGGUUCUGCAUGUGUCAAGCUCCAUGAAUACAGAAAACGUUUUUAGAUUUCCGUUUGUCUGCAUGUAUAAAUGUGUGUGAACAGUUAGUCAAAUUUUUAUCAUAUUUGAUAUUUAUAAGUUUAUUCAUCAUAGGUCAGUAGUACCUAGUGUGAAGAUGGAGUGACGUCUAGUGGUAUGUUGCUAUGAAAUUUCACAAAAAUCAGGAAAUCUAUUGGAAGGUUAUUAGGGGAGUGUGACAGGUUAAUAUAACCAUCUUUUUUUUAUAAAAUGAGGGAACUAGGUCAGAAGCUCUGGAUGUCAAACCCAGGGAACAAGUUAAUUACUGAUAUAAUGUAAAAAAAAAUGAUGGUCCUAUUAUUUUAAGGAUAUUAUAUGAAGUUGUUGCAGAGUAAUUUAGCAGUUUCAGCAGAGCUGUGACUCCACAUUUGAAGAAUUAGUUUUAAUUUUUUUACCAAAAGAGUAUUUAUCAUAUUGUACUACUACUUUGUUGACUUCUAUAGAGAAAUACAUCUUUGUUCUCCAAGAAAAUCAGUUAGAAAGCCCAACUGAGUGGGCUUUCUACUUGAGGAUGGAGUCUAUUCUAGUCUUUGACAUAUUAUUUUCAAUAAACAAUUUUUAUGCUGCAUAAUACUAAGAAAAUCAGAGCAUAUAAAAACA